GUUUCUGUAAAUCUCCUCUUCACUUUCUUUCUCUUUCUGCAACAAAAGAAAAAAAAGAACAAGGUUGUUCUUGUUCCAUUUCAUUUGGAAAUAUAUAUAUAUAGAGAGAGAGAUGGCUGAGGCAUUGACACAAGAACAGAUCGCAGAGUUCCAGGAAGCCUUCUGUUUGAUUGAUAAGGACUCCGAUGGCUUCAUUACAAUGGAAGAACUGGCCAUGGUGAUCCAAUCUCUGAAUGAACAUCCAACAAAGGAAGAGGUUCAAGACAUGAUAAACGAAGUUGAUACUGAUGGAAAUGGGACCAUUGAUUUUGAUGAAUUCUUGAAUGUCAUGGGGAGAAAAUUGAAGGAGAACGUAGCGGAGGAGCUAAAAGAAGCUUUCAAAGUAUUUGAUAGGGAUCAAGAUGGAUUCAUAUCAGCCACGGAGUUGAGACAUGUAAUGAUAAAUUUGGGAGAGAGAAUAACAGAUGAAGAAGCUGAGCAGAUGGUUAGGGAAGCUGAUUUGGAUGGAGAUGGCUUAGUUAGCUAUGAAGAAUUCGUGAGAAUGAUGAUGGGAGCAUGAACAAAUAAUACAGAUUAUUAUCUCUCUCACAUAAAUCAUAUUUUUUGGUUCAAACAAGUAAUGUUACUAUCUUUUUGUAGCAAACAAAUGAAAAUGUCAAUAAUAAUCAUUGAGAAUGUAAAUCUUUGCUCCACUUUUUUUCUUGAGAUGAAUCCGGGAUUGUUAUUAGUAACAAAACCAUUUGUUUGAAAUCUGUCCUUCCGCCUAGUUUUCGUAUCA